CUGGUAGUUACCAUGGUUUACCAUGGCAGGAAGUGAGCUCAGCAUGUCGCGGCCCGAAAGGAUACUCAAAGAGUUCGACUUGUUCAGGAAAUUGGCGCCUGAGCACCGGGAAGGCGUGCGGGAGACCCCCAGCAGCAGUAUCUCACUGGCGCUGCAGGGCGUUUUCCUAGUGCUGAUCCAGGUGUUGCUUCUGUCGGAAUGCUGGAGCUUCUUCACUCCCAAAGACAAGCAAUCCUUCGAUAUCGACAUGCAGGGCUUCAUGCAGGUCUCAUCCCCAAGGCAGCUGCGAGUGUUGCUGGAUGUGACCAUCCAUGAUUUUCCCUGCAUUGAUUUGAGCUUAGACUAUCAAGAUGCCAUGGGCAACCGACAAACGGACAUCCGCUCGGGCGUGCUGAAGCAGAGACUGAAGCCCGAUGGAACUGCGGUGGGCCAAGUGCUGAAGAACGACCCCAAAGUGGCGGGUGGAAGCGGAGCGUCCAGCCCUAGCAUUCGCAAUGGCACUGGCAAUGCCACCUGUGGUGAUUGUUAUGGUGCGCUUCCAGAUGGCGAGUGUUGCAACACCUGCUCCGAUGUUUUGUAUGCCUAUCGGAUGAAGCGAUGGGCACUUCCCCGCAUCGAGAGCAUCAAACAAUGUCAGCAGGAUGGAACUGGAAAGUCUGCGUAUCAGCCGCCGCAGAUCGCGCACGUCAAGGACUACAGUUCGGAGGACUAUCUGAAGAACUUCAAGAAGAUUGGCAGCUUGACAGACUCGGGCAACGAGGCGCGGAUCACGGCGCCCUUGAAGUUGAACCUGAGUUUGAACUUGCAGAAUAUCACCUUCAAACCGUUGAACUUGAAACCCUUCACGCCAUCCUUCGACGAUGAAUGGGACGACGAAGACGAUUUCUGGGGCGCGUCGUCGAGAUCCAAGGAUGGGCCGAACAAGGUCCUCUCCUGGCCAGAUUGCGUGAGGCGCAACGUGGUGGUGAACGGCUUUGACCUGGGCGAAGCGCUGCUGGAGGACCUGAGACCCUUCGGAGCCAAGGAGGGCUGUUGGCAGGAGAAUUGUAGCCACACGGACAAGUUCAACUGCGAGAGCAUGGACCACUGCUCCACUGCUUGUAAAGGUGGAGAGGUGGAAUUGCCUGGCCGCUUUGUAGGUAAGUUUUACAAGGUGCCGAGCAAACGCGAGGAACCACCAGCUUUGGCAUCUCAUGAGUUCAGAAUGCUGGAAGCAGUCAAGGGAUGCCCCCAUGUAGUGCAAACCUUGGGCCUCUUCCAUUUGCCCAUCCACAACUGCCUCAAGCACUUCUUAAACGUCGAGGGUCACUGUGCAGCGCCUGGUGUGCCGCUCCCUUGGGAUUCCCAGGAAUCAGCGCAGGAGGAUGACAUGCCAACGCAGCGCCUGUGCGCGCUGUUCAUGGAAAAGUGUGACUAUUCUUUGCAGGACUUUGCGUUCUUCCGCUACACCGAGUCGGAAGCCGCUUUUGUUUGUCGCUCUGUGCUUUCUGCACUGUCCCAUCUCCACGCUCGUGGAAUUGUGCACCGAGAUGUUAAACCAGCUAACAUCCUGGUGGGAAGUGGUGGUGAGAAGGUCUUGUUAGGAGACUUUGGAUUGGCAGCUUUCCUGGAAGUGGAGACAAACACGGUGUCCAGGAAUGGCUGUGGCACCCAUGGUUUCCUAGCCCCGGAAUGCUUGGAGAAGAAUGAAUUCUGCGAAAAAUCUGACUUGUUUGCGCUCGGGGCGGUGUUGUACCAGUUACUCUUCCGGACCUUUGCCUUUGUGAAAGAGACGAAGAUCCAAAGCGACAUCGCCACGCGCUUGGGGGAUCUACCGCUGAUCCCAUGUGGAAGACCCGCAGGCAAAUCUGAUGACGGGUGCCAUUUGAUUCGCUGGCUUCUGCAGAGAGAUGCCUAUGACCUUCCCUCUGCGGUAGAUGCUUUGGACCACCACUGGUUUGAAGCGGUC